GGUACCGUUUUACUAACAAUACUUAAGUUUUGCGUAAGUAUUGGCGUAAGUUGACAAGUUACGAAUAACGUACGCAUUUCGUAAGUGCGUUUUACUAACAUUGCGUAAGUUUGACAUCGUACGUAAGUGAAAAAAAUGAUCGUAACUCUCCAACUUGGAGGUGACAUGUAAACAAACAACAACAACUCUGACGGUUAAACUAUACUAUUUUUACUUUGUUGUUUUAUGUAACCCAUCUGCUUUCGUAAGUGUGUUGUCACCUAGUGUCGUCUGCACUUGUUUAAGUUGUAACUUGUCACAAUGGAUGCGGUAACGCUUAAUGAGAAGAAAAGAGAAAAAAGGAAAUUGAAUUGGACCAAAAUAGAAACGGAGGUGUUAGCAGCUGCUUACAUCGAGCAGCAUGCGUUGAUAAACGGCAAUUUUUCAUCGACGUUGUCUGGAAAAGAUAAGGAUCUUGCGUGGGAAAAAAAUGCAGAACAAAUAAACGCACUGGGAGCAGAAGAAAGAACAGUGGAAGAGAUCCGGAAAAAGAUUUCCGACACGAAAACAAAACUGAGAAAGAAAGAAAGACAACGGCGCCUAUCAAUGAAACAAACUGGAGGGGGGCCAGCAAUCACACUGGAGAAGUGGGAGGAGAAAAUGAUAGAGGUUAUUGGCGAAGAGUCGAUUGUGAGGUUCGGUGGUGUGGACACGUUUGCUGUGCAACGAACACAACAGCCGAUGAUUGCAGAGCAACAUGGUCAAUCAUGCAGUACGAUGUGUGUGGAGCCCACUGUAGCUUUAGAACCCCAGGUGGUAGGAGGAGUCGCAACUCCAAACCAAAAAACAAAAAUGAGUCCAAGCACGAAAAACAAAAGGCGGAAGACAAGUGAAGAUGAUGACCAUGAAGAUGUCUUGCAACUUUUGAGACAGCAAAAUGACACACUCGAUGCAAUUUUAUUAGAGCAAAGAAGAACCAGAGAACUUCUUGCAAAACUGUUUUCAUUUCCUCUUAAUGAACAAUAAAUAAUCAUUGUUUAAAGCCACACACCUUGAAAUGAAAUACAUGGCAUAGUAAGUUUAAGGAUAAAUGAGAAACAUAUUUGAUCUAUGCCAAUAAGAAUAUAUCUGGUGGUUACAAGGUAGACAUCUGUCUCUUUUGCGCUUUAAAACUUAAAAAUAAUUGCGUUUGUCGAAAUGUAUGUAUAUGUAUAGAAAUCCUACUUUUGGUUUUUAAAUUAAAAAAAACAAUAAAUAACUUGCUAACAAGGCUAGAGAUUUUAUGACAAUUUUGCACAUUUUGAAAUUGCAUCUAUAUGUAUUUAUUAACAUGUACUUCAUUUCAAGGUGUGUGGCUUUAAACA